CAGGAGGAGGAGUUAGUCUCGGGGAAACAUGAGCAUAUGCCUGUGUGUUACCAUCUAACUAGUGUGAAACAGCUUGUACUCUACCAAAGGUGACAACAAGAGUAGGUGUGAAGAGGACCAGCAGCACCGCCUGCUCACAUAUCAUGUGGCAGACUCUUCUUUACAGUUGUACUGGUGGAGCAGCUGUGCUGUACACUCUCUAUCGAUGGGUGAUCCCCACAGCGGCACAGUAUCACAGUGGAUUGGCUCUCAUAUGGCAUGAUGUUAUUGUUGAGCGGCUGCUGGACACCUUGACCCGAUCCACACGCCCCCAGAGGAUUCUGGGUGUGGUACAGAAAAAGGCCACUAGAGGAGACCCUUGCAGCGUGGUCAAAGCCAUUGAUCAGUACUGCAGACAUGAGGAAUGGGCCAUGAACGUGGGGGAUGAGAAAGGGUCCAUCCUUGACUCAGUGGUGUCGGAAGUCAAUCCUACCAACGUAUUGGAGCUGGGAACCUACUGUGGCUACUCCACAGUUCGCAUCGCCAGCCUGCUUGCACCUGGUGCCAGGUUCUUCACGCUGGAAUUCAACCCUGCUAAUGCUGCCAUUGCCCGGCAAGUAAUUUCCUGGGCAGGACUGGAGGAUAAGGUUCAGUUACUUGAAGGGGCAUCCGGAGAUUGGAUCCCUAAAAUGAAAGAACGUUUCGGGAUUGAAACCUUUGACUUGGUAUUCCUGGACCACUGGAAGGAUCACUACCUCCCUGACACGAAGCUGAUGGAGAAGUGCGGUCUCCUUAGGAAAGGCAGCGUCCUGUUGGCAGACAAUGUUAUCUGCCCAGGAGCCCCUGAAUACCUGACAUAUAUACGCGGUAACCCGCGCUACGAAAGCCGCUACUUCAGAGCCCACCUGGAGUAUACAAAAGUGGAAGAUGGUUUGGAGAGGUCUGUUUUCUUAGGGUAGUUUAUAAUUAAGAAAAAAAAAAGUUGCUUCACAUUUCUACCAGUCUCUCCUGAAAAAGCCUUACUUUUUUAUUUGUUUGAUUCUGCAGACUUGUUUGAUGCCACAAGUAUAUGUCAUUUUGUUUUGUUUGAGCACCUACUGUAAACUGUUGUACUGAAGAUGAAUAAAAAAAGAUGA